AUGAUUUUCGUGGUUUUAAGCGCGCUGGUGACUAAGCAGGUGGUCCGAGUGUUCGGUGUCAAAAAAAUUCCAAGAAUCCUCCGCACCGUCAACGCCGCACGUCUCGAUCAACAGAACACCAAAUACCGCCAAAAUGCAUCUUAUGGUACGUUGCCACCGUUCGCGAACUCCGAAUCGACCCUCUACACUCUCGGUCCCGACGGCAAGCGCGUCUAUACACUUAAGAAGGUCGUCGAUGGCAAGGUCUCCAAGUCCGCCCACCCCGCCCGUUUUUCCCCCGAUGACAAGUACUCUCGCCACCGCGUUACCUUGAAGAAGCGCUACGGUCUUCUGCUCACCCAGCAGCCCGAGAAAUAA